GCAGGGAAUAGUGCUGUGUGAUGGCAUGUGUCGCGCGAUGAGCGAGAGCGAGGAGGACAUGGGAAGACGGCGAGAGCGACGAACAUGAAGACUCUCACGUAAGGAGAGGGAGGUCAGGUUGCCCAAGAUAGCGAGUGGGUCAUGCGGGAGAGCUGAAGGAACGGAUCGAAUAUCGUUGCUCAAGGCACAAGAUCCAAGAGAUCAAUCCGAGUUGUACAGAAGCUACCGAUGAGCUGCCAACGGCGACACACAGACAUGAUCGACAUCAGAUGUUGAAUCCCGAAUAACUCGACACGACGAUGUCCAGGUUUCAACUGUCAAGGAGGAACAGCCGCGGGCUGAGAUCGCCAACGCCGAAGAUAGAUCUGCUUGCGCCAUCAUCCGAUAUCUCAUCACAUGACAUGGCUGAGGCCAUCUUGAACAACUUCAAGGUCAGCUCGCAGGUAAGGAAGCAACUCGACAGAGAUGCGGCAGACAGGGUGAACGCUUCUAUUCCUCUUGAGUAUGCCUGGAGGCUUCGCAACCGCAAAG